AUGCCGCUGGACGACAAUGGAAAGCUUACGGCGAGCACGCGACGCAGGGCCUCCGCCGGCGGCCGGCGGCCGCGCGGUUGCGGAGGCGGCGGAGCUAUUUGGGAACGAUGCGUCGUUGCAACACGUGCUCUGAGGAUAUUGUGCGAGCGUUUUUCAUGUUGGUCGAUGAUCGGUGCAUCUUUGGCUCCAUUGACGGCGUUUUUGGCAAACGACGUUGCUCGAAUCGUCGGCCGUGCUUUGACCCGUCGUGCCAGCACCUGCCCUCACCUCGCCGCCGCCGCCGUCAAUUCCACCAAUAAUGUCGUUCAGGAGGUCAACCCUCUCGGUGGAAAUCUGCCCUCGCCUCGAGCGAAGCUUCCACGGAGAGUUUAUAGAAGCAACGGUUAUCUGCUAUUGUCUUGCAAUGGAGGUCUAAAUCAAAUGCGAGCUGCGAUCUGUGACAUGGUUACCAUUGCCCGCUAUUUAAAUUUGACGUUAGUAGUCCCCGAACUUGAUAAAAAAGCUUUUUGGGCUGAUGCAAGUAAUUUUGAAGAUAUAUUUAAUGUAGAUCGUUUCAUUGAUUCAUUGAGAGAUGAGGUAAAGAUCAUCAAGAAACUUCCUCAGAAAGUGAUUAGUCGUAUACAUAACAAUGACAUCACUGUAUAUUCCAUGGCUCCUGUUAGCUGGUCUAAUAUGACAUACUACUACAAACAGAUCUUACCUCUUGCACGAAAGCACAAAGUAAUUCAUUUUCAGAAAACAGAUGCUCGUCUUGCAAAUAAUGGACUCCCACUUUCCCUCCAAAAGCUUCGAUGUCGUGUUAAUUAUGAUGCGCUAAUGUUUACUCCACAUAUUGAAGCCUUAGGUAAAAAGCUUAUUUCCGUUCUUCAGAGAAACAAGUACUUUGUUGUGCUGCAUCUACGAUAUGAAAUGGAUAUGUUAGCCUUUUCUGGAUGCUCUCAUGGAUGCUCUGACGAACAAGCAGAGGAAUUGACAAAAAAGAGAUAUUUAGUUGAAUGGUGGAAGGAAAAGGAGAUUGAUUCUGAGCAGAAAAGACUUGAAGGUCGUUGUCCUCUUACCCCUGAAGAGACCACAUUGGUUCUAAGAGCUCUAGAAUUUGAUAAAGACACGACGAUAUAUAUUGCCGCAGGGACAAUUUAUGGUGGUGAAAAGCGGAUGGCUGCUCUAAGGGAUUUAUAUCCUAAUAUAGUGGACAAGGAGAUGCUAUUAAGUCCAGAUGACUUGGAACCUCUUCGAAAUCAUUCUAAUCAGAUGGCAGCAUUGGAUUAUUUUGUUGCUAUUGCAAGUGAUGUUUUUAUUCCUACUUUUGAUGGACAUAUGGCUAAAGUUGUAGAGGGUCAUCGCAGGUAUAAUGGCUUUCGUAAGAGCAUUGUCUUGGACAGGAAAAUACUAGUAGAGCAUUUGGAUUUGUACCAAAAUGGAGAGAUCUCAUGGGAUCAAUUUUCCCAUGCGGUUCGCGAGGCUCAAAAGAACCAUUGGGGUCAGCCCGCAGUUAGAAAGGUCAUGCCAGGUCUACCAAAAGAGGAGGACUAUUUUUAUUCCAAUCCCCAAGAAUGCCUCUCCCAGUAGAGCAUUUAAGCAACAGAGAGACUCCAAGAUGUGUGAAAAUUUCACCAGUUUGCUCCAUUCUUUAGAUGAUGGGCCAAAAUGUAUCCAGCUCGUUUGUAUAGCUAAUUUCUCUCUGUUUUUUCCCGAUCCCCUUCACAAAGGUUCAAGGGGAAAGCGAAGAGGGGGCAAAGGAUAAUAUACAACAAUGAUGGAUCUUUUAACCAUUAUCUUAGAUCAGGCCAUCUUGGCUGCAAUUUUUUUAUGUAUAGGGCUUUCCUAUUCGUUUAUAGCUUAGUUCUUUUGAUUUUUUUUGCACUUUUCCUGUCUCUGUUUAUUCUCAUUAUUCAUAUACAUGUCUAUGACAGAGGAACUUAAUCUAAUUCUUGAGCCUAUAUACUAUGAUAGAUAAACCCUAUCUUGCAGGCAUCAAGAAAGUUAGGCCUGGCUGUCUUCUCUGUUACUGCUAAAUGUUGUUGUUUCGUAUUUCUUUUGUGAUAGCACUUUUGCUUUGUAUUAUAAGCAUUACAUGGUUUCUUUUA